CAUCAGAGAGGAACCAAUAGAGACGCAUAUCAGAGCAGCUACUCAACUACUGGUCAUUGAAGUUAGAAUCAUUCAGUAGAUAUUACCAUUACGAGUCAGUUAGAAAGGUAAUCAUAAGUAAGUUAACACUAUAAGAGGUCAGACAGACUGAAUUAGUUGAUUAAUUGAUUGAUUGGGGUAAUCAUUGAUAUUCGGUACAGUUCGUUAAGAUGGCCAGCUACAUCAACAAACAGGUGAUUGAAUUAAACAAAGUUACUGAAGAAAACCGGAACAGAGCAACAAGGAGCGUGAAGACUGAGACCCAUCUCUCAGGACCUGAGGAUCCAGGGAUAAGACUCUACAGGAUGGUUGCUGUGAGCUUUGGGAUGCUGUGUGUUCUACAAGUUACUCUCAACAUCUCUCUGAGACUAGUCUAUAACAGAGGCAUGGGAGAUAAAACCAAAGUGACUACAGAGAGAGACCAGCUACAGACCAGUUACAACAACCUGACUAAAGAGAGAGACCAGCUACAGACCAGUUACAACAACCUGACUAAAGAGAGAGACCAGAUACAAAAGGAGAGAGAUGGUCUCAUGAGAAAGUUCUCUAUUCUGAUUUAUACCUGUCCUGAAGGCUGGCAGAAGUUUGAAUCCAGUUGUUACUUCAUCUCUACUGAGAAGAAAACCUGGAAAAAGAGCAGACAGGAUUGUCUGGAGAGAGGAGCAGACCUGGUUAUCGUAAACAGUGAUAAGGAACGAGUGAGUGAGUGAGUGAGUGAGUGAGGGAGGGAGAGAGAGAGAGAGAUUAACAAUGUUGUUUUCUGUCACAACAACAGACAUUUAUCAAUGGGUUGAACGCUGUCAGUGAAGCCUGGAUUGGUCUGACUGACUCUGUUACUGAGGGGACCUGGAAAUGGGUGGACGGAACCCCACUGACCACCCAAAGGUAUUGGUGGAGAGGAGAUCCUAGUGGUGGUGUACGUGAGAAUUGUGUGCUGUCCGCUCACAGGUCAUCAGGCCAAGGAACAUGGCAGGACUAUCCAUGUUCAUAUAACAGUUGCUGGAUCUGUGAGAUAUAGUUAUCUCUCGCUCUCUUGUAGUUAUCAUGUUGAUGGUCGUUCUGAACGUCAUGAUGCCAACUACAGUGCCUUCAGAAAGUAUUCACACCCCUUGAA